UAUGAAGUUUGUAUACGGAAUAACAUAACCUGUGAAAAUAGCGUGUGAGACCGAUUUAAAUUGAAUAAACGAAUUAAAGAGAAUUAAAAACUGUAUGUUUCGAAAAUGACGGCUGUACGCUUACAUAAUUUAAAAUUUUAUAAACCAAAACCUAACCCGAUAUCUAUCAUAUCUUUCAAUUCACAGAAACAAAUAUUGGCUCUAGCUAGAUUGAAUGCAAGCAUUGAAAUUUGGAACGUUAAAGAUGCUCCAUUUAUCGAAAAAGUCCUGGCAUUUAAUUCAGAAAACUACAGUAUUGAAGACUUAGGAUGGUUCCAAGACAGGCUUUUUUCGGUUGGUCUCCAUGGAUUCAUAUUGGAGUAUGAUAUAGUAAAGUGUACGAUACUAUAUAAGUCCUCAGUAACUGGAGAAGCAGCUUAUUGUAUGGAUAUACAUGAAAAAAAUAAGCAAAUUGCUGUUGGAACAGAGCAAGGAUAUUUGAAUAUUUUCAAUAUUGAAGGCGAUUCUUUAAUAUACAACAAAUUCUUCGACAAACAGGAAGGUCGAAUAUUGUGUUUGAAAUUUCAUUCUAGUGGUUUGUAUAUAGCUUCCGGUGGUUUGGAUGCUAUAAGAAUUUGGGAUGUUCAGACGGGUCAUGCCCUUCAUAGAAUGACUACUGGCAGAGCCGAAGCAAAUAAAGUUACCAUUGUAUGGUGUUUGGCUUUUAAUGACGAUUUUAGUGUGAUAAGUGGUGAUUCUAGAGGUAAAUUGACCUUCUGGGAUAGUAAAGCUGGAGCACAAUUGGAAUCUUUUCAAACCCAUAAAGCAGAUAUACUUUCAUUAACUGUCAAUGAAGACCAGUCUAAUUUGUACUGCUCAGGAAUUGAUCCUAAUAUACUAAAAUUUGAGAAAAUUGAAUUAAAAGGAGGUAAAGAAAAAUGGGUACGAAGUCAACAUAGAAAAUUCCAGGAUCAUGAUGUUAGAUCUCUUGUUUUAAACGGGAACAAACUCUUUUCCGGUGGCAGUAGUGCAUAUUUGAUUAUGAGUACUGAACGACCAAUGCAAUCAAUUAAGUAUCUUCCGAUAUUACAGAAUCCAAUUGUUACUUUGAGUAAAGAUGCUAGAUUGGUUUUGCUGAGGCAUCCAAAACAUAUAGAAAUUUGUGGCCUUGCUGAAUCUAAUGAUCUUUCCAAAGAACAUAAACCAAGAAGGAUCAUGAUUCUUCAGAAGUUGGUGAAAAACCACGAAGGGGUAGAAGUAGAAGAAGGAAUAACUUUUGCUUCAUUAUCAGACGAUGGUCAAUGGAUUGCAUAUGGGACAAGACUUGGGUUGAAGGUUUACCAGAUUGACAGUGAAGAUGAGUUAGACACAAAAUUAUUGAAUGUUCAAAUUGAUAGUAGCAAUGAUGGAAUUUAUAUGAAUGGGGUUUUUACCCCUGACAAUAGCCAACUUAUUACUGCCUUUCCUGGUGGUGUAGUCAUUUACGAAAUAUCUAAUGAUUGUGUUGCAAUCGCACAACGACUAGAUGGAGAAGGACUGAAUGAUACAAUCAAUAUUUUGAAAGUAUCCCCAGAUGGAAAAUAUUUCGUAGCUACCGACACCGCUAGCAAUAUUGUUUUAUGGAAAAAGCAGGCAAACAUGUCUUGGAAAUUCUAUUGCAAAUUGCCAAAAUAUAGUUGUGCUCCACUUACUUUGGAUAUCCAUCCAAUAGAACACAACAUAAUUAUUGCGUAUUCAGACAGUAAGAUAGUGGAGUAUAGUAUCAAAAAAAAGGAAUUCACGAAACUCUCCAAGAACCUACCGGAUUGUUUGCACUCAGAUUGGUCCUCAAGGUUUUACCCAAUAAGGAAUAUAUUUUAUAACAUAGCCUCCGAGAAAAUAGUUCUUCAUGAUGACAACAGUCUCAUGACAAUUGGAAAACAGGCACAGAGGAGAGAGAAGAAGAGAAAGCUGAAUGGCGAUGCUGAGGCUACCAUAACUUACAGUUUGAAAAUUGUACAAAAAUAUAAGUAUUUAAUUUACGCUGGCAUGCUAUCCAAAGAUGAAAUGGUGAUUGUGGAAUUGCCACCUAGUUCAUUGGAAGAAAAGUUACCACCCACACUUGUUCUGAACAAAUUUGGAAGAAAAUGAGGAGCUGAGUCCAGAAGUAACGUGAAUAAUGUUAAAAUAAUCUGUACAUAAAAAAUAAUAUUUUUAAUAAAUUUGUUUAUUGUU